AUGAAUCGAUGUCCAAACAGAGAGAAAGUCCUUCUUAAUUUGAAAUGGUUUGUUAAUCGCUUUAUAAAAUCAUUUGAAUCCAAAUUAAUACAAGCGAUCUCAUAUGCUUCAAACAGUUGUGUUCAAAGCCCUUCUGGGUCUUCAAAUGUAUCAUCACCAACGUUGUCAGCAUCAAAAGUGAGUAUUAAAAAUGAAAAUGCUUCUGGUGAUUUACCCUUUAUUCGACGUUUGCUUGAUCAACAAAUAAAAUGUGGAAACAACCGUUUAAAAAAUGAAAGUUCUUAUUCUUCUCGGGACAUAAGUAUUCAAAUUUCCAAUCAAAAGCAAACAUAUCAUUCACCUUUGAUGAAAAUUCGUUCCUUAACUAACUCACCACUGUUCCGUCGACUGUCUUUCACACUCAACAAUAACAAACGCCAAUCUUUAUUGUCUCAAGAUGAAAAAAAUGAUUGGAUAAAGAAUCAUUCUGACUUUGAUGAACCAUGUGAGUUCGUAAGACGCAAACCAAAAAUACCUGAUGUAACCAUUACUAGAAAAUGUUAUUCAAAUGCUCAGAGUCCUUCUUGUACACCAUUUGAACAAAAUGUUGUCAACACAUGUAGAGGACCUUUAUUCCGACUUGCUGAAAUGACUACUGAAUCACAAAGGUUUUCAAUUCUAUCAGGCUUUGCACAACAACUAUGCAUUAUAUAUGAAUAUCAGCUCGGUAUGUUGAGAAACUUACCUUCAAUACAUGCUGCGGCGGAUUAUGUGGCUGAGGUGGUAAUAAGAGCUAUCAAAUUAAAGAAGAUUUCAGGGAUAAAUCCUCAAAAUUUAACUCCAUUGAUUCUGUUUGACAGUGAAUGUCGACCAAGUACUUAUAGUAAAACUGUAAAAACUCUUCCCUUAAGUGUUACUGGUGAACAAAUGUCGUGGAAGCUGGGUGAAAUAUGGACACUUCCUGGAUUAAGGCAUAACGAAGUUGGUGGUGAAAAUUGUCACAAUCUUAGUAUAGUGACACAUUUCCUUUCUACAGUUACUCCAAGUGGAGAUUACAGUAGGUCUGAUGUAUAUGGCUACAGAAAUUUGAUUUUACUGACUAAUGAGAAAAAUACUGAAACAAUAAAUAAUUCCAACUGUCAUAUUUAUGACACUAAUUUUCCAUCAGCGGCAGAAUCUUUUUCAUUAAAAUCUGAUAUUAGUCAUAAUGAUAAAAUGAAUUCAUAUUUUACUAUUUCUUCUUUUGAUUAUGCUACCAUAUCAAACAGCAAAAUUAAACCUGGAAAUAUUCCUGAUCCACCAUCAUCAGAUGAUUCACUUACUGAUGAAAAUCCUCAGAACACUAAAGGAAAUGAUGACACCAAGAGUUCAUCUCAAAGUAGUCCAGAAAAUAAAAUCAAAGAAUCAUCGAAACGAAUUCAUUCAUCAAGUAGUGUAGUGAUGUUACGGCAGCAUUUACAUCGUGCUUAUCGACCUGUAUUUUUUCUUAUUUACAAUCGUCCUAGUGUUAUUGAACAUUUAACAGAAUGUGAUUCAUUUGCAUCAUUUUGUAAACGUCAAGCUUUAAGUCCUGUAAUGUUUUUAAAUCAACCAACAACGCUUUUCGAUAAAAAACCAUAUCCAUGUAUUUAUCAAAAUUUUGAUUUAUUUAAAGUAUCUGUUGCAGGAUAUUUAUCACCUAAUGAAUGUGAUAUUUCAACAGAUUCAACAUAUUUAAAUAAUAAUAACAAUACUACUACUAGUAGUAAUAAUAAUAUUAUUAUUAAUAAAAAUGAUACCUUAUCAUCACAUGUCAUACAACAACAACAGCAAAUGAAAGAAGGAUAUAAUUAUAGUAAAAGUUUAAUGCAUUUUCCUUAUUUCCCUUCACAUCGAAGUGUAGCAGCGUAUGAUAAUCCUGGAUUUGCCCGGUAAUAAUCAUGUGAGCAAAGCAAGUGCUGUAUUCCUACAAUCGAAGAACAUAUGGAACUCAAAACAACUUUCAAUCAAUAUCAAAGUCACAAUCUUCAAUACGAACAUCAAAGCAGUCCUAUUGUACGGAGCUGAAACUUGAAGAACUACGAAAACCAUUAUCCGAAAAAUACAAGUGUUUAUUAACAGUUUCUUACGCAAAAUACUUCGGAUCCGUUGUCUAGACACUAUCAGCAACAACCUAUUAUUGGAGAGAAUAAACCAGAUUUCAGCUAAACAGGAAAUUAGGAGAGUACGAUGGAAGUGGAUAGGACAUACAUUGGGAGGAUCAACAAACGAAGCAAGCUCUAACUUGGAAUUUUGAAGGGAAGUGGAAAAGAGGAAAACCAAAGAACACAUUACGUCGAGAAAUAGAAUCAGCUAUGAAAAGGAUGAAUAACAACUGAAAGGAGCUGGAAAUGUUUGUCCAUGACAGAGUUGGAUGGAGAAUGCUGGUGAGCGGCCUAUGUUCCUUCACGAGGAGCAAUAGGCAUAAGUAAGUAAUUAAUUAUCAUGUGAG